AUGGAAUGCACUGUAACUCCUGUGAAGGAAGAACGCCACCAAGCUUUUUAUAUCGAUCGGAUUCUUGGCUUGGAGCAGGAAAACCUUGGGAAGUGCCUCAAACUUCACCGCCCUUGGACAGAACCACAGCGUCACCGUCAGCCCCAGAGCUCCCCUCGGCCCACAUCAAACUGGUAUACUGGACGAAGACCCAGGACGGCCUUCAGCAACAGUCAGGUGAAUGCUCUGGAGACGGUGUUCCAGGUGAACUGUUAUCCAGGUAUCCAACUGAGGGAGCUGCUGGCAGGAAAACUGGAUCUGGACGAAGACCGAAUACAGAUCUGGUUCCAGAACCGGCGAGCAAAGCUGAGGCGUUCGCUCCGAGAGACUCGACUGCAGCUUGUUCAGACGGCUGUGACCGAGCUGAAGAUGAGACCCGCAGCAGCAGACCACCUAAAGUCUGAGGAAGAGGAGCCGUCCCAUCACCUCCCUCCUCCUCAGUUUGAUGCUGAGGAUGACAAGAAGUGAAACAAACAAAAUUAUUUCUAUCUGCACACUUUCUUUCCCAUCUGUGUCUCUUUUAUUCUCUGUUUGCUUUGAGAUGUUGCCUGAAAAACACUCAAACC